AAAAAAAAAAGAAAAGAAAAGAAAAGGCUGCAGAGUGAAGCAGGCUGUCAGAGCGAGGCUGGGGCUGGAGUGAAUCGGAGGGGUUAGGUUAGAGAGUGAGGGCAGUGUGAAACCGCAGAGGUAUUCCAUGCAGGGCAGGACGCAGGCAGAGAGGCACAAUCUGCUGCUAGAAAUAGUCACUUUACAGCCUGCGCAGUGUUGAGUGCACGCCCGUCCUCAAAAUGGGUAGUCACUUGUUUGUGCGUCCGUCUUAUUCUCUGUGUGGCUGAGAAAUGUCAUUUCCUGCGCGCUAGGGCCGGCUCACUGCGCUGACAUAAGGCUCUCUGGAGAUAGAGGAAUGCAAAUCUGCAACCAUGAUGGAAGGAUUGAAAAAACGUACCAGGAAGGCCUUUGGGAUACGGAAGAAAGAGAAGGACAAUGACUCGACUGGGUCUCCAGACAGAGACGGCGGUGAACCCCAAGAGGUUGAAUCGUCUCAGAAGAAGACAAACGGAGCCCCGAAUGGCUUCUAUGAAGAUAUCGACUGGGAGAGAUAUAACUCUCCUGAGGUGGACGACGAGGGCUACAGUAUCAGGCCUGAAGAGGAGUCCGAGGAAGGAGCCUCACCUACCAAAAAGCCCCACUUCUUCUCUUCUGACGAGAGUGAGGAGGAGGAGGACCACAAGAAGAAGUUCAAAAUCAAAAUCAAGCCGCUGCCGGCUGAUUGUGUCAUAGCGGCUCCCUCGGUCGAUGAGCUCAGAGUCUCCAUAGGCAACAUAGCCCUGUCCCCGUCUCCCAUGAGGAGUCCGAGACGUAGCCCGGGUUUGAAAAGGAACACAUCUAGUGAGGAAAUUGCUAGACCGAGGCGUGUCGUUCCCGCUGCCCCUGCUGUGGCCCCCACACAUGCUCCAGCGCCACAACCACCCAGCAAUCAGCAGACACCAGUCCCCGAAGACACGACGGGCUUAUUUGGGCCUCCUUUGGAAACAGCCUUCGGAGAACAGAAAACUGAAGUGGUUCUUUCUGAGCCCGAUGUGUGGGGGACUUCUCUCUCAGAGCCUGAAUCCUCUUUAACGAGGUCCUUCCCCACAGGAACUCCCCCUCCCCUUCCACCUAAGAAUGUUCCAACCUCCCCCCCAGCAACCGAAGCACCCUCUGUAGAUGAUGCUGCACCAGCAGAGGCAAACGGCUCGAGCAGGAAGCCCUCCAUAGCCGACCUGGACAACAUCUUUGGACCGGAGGCGGCUCCCCCUGCUGGCGAAGACACAGACGACAAGUGGGUCUGCUUCAGUGAACACUCUCCUGCUGGACAGCCGGCACCAAAGGAGCCUGCACCACAUACGCCCUCCUCCCCACCCGAAGAACCAGCACCUCCUCCACCCGCCUCCCCGCCGCCACCUGAAUCCCCCGCUCCCCCCUUACCCCCCACAUCAUUGCCUCCUCUCCCUAUCUCUCUUUCCCCAAAAGAAGACUCCCCUCCCCCUCUUCCCACCUCCCCACCUCCGUCAGAGGAGCCGGCCCCACCUCCUGUCCGUUCGGGUCCUUCUACACCAGAAGACCAAAAUCCUCCCGCCGUUGCAACCUCUCCACCUGCAUCAAAGGAGCAUACAUCACCUCCAGCUUCCUCCCCUCCUCCUCUUAGCUCACCUCCCAGUGUCCCACCAGUCCCCGCCCCCAAGGAGGCCACCCCCGCAGCGGUGACCCCGCCUUCUGAAGAACCCGCGGCUUGCCCAGUCCCACCACCCCUUGUCCUCGCUCAGGAGGAUCAGUCUAAGAACACGAACACCUCUCAUCCCAAAGAGGAAGGAGGUGAAAUGGUGACGUCUCCUAAAGAUGCCAUCCCGGGCAGUCGCAGCACACCACCUCCACCUCCUCCUCCGCCUCCAACAUACCGUGCUGUAGUUUCAUCACCAGGUCCCACAACUGGAGCAGCUGGCACAAAUAGCGGUUCUUCCUCACCUGUAAGACCUUCCACCCCCUCGUCAGUCAACCCAACCCCACCCCCACCUCCGCCUCGCCCCCCUUCACGACCCAAGCUUCCUCCUGGGAAACCUGCUGUUGGAGAUGUGAAUCGGCCUUUCAGCCCACCAAUCCACUCGGCGAGUCCCCCUCCCAUCGCCCCGUUGGCGCGAGCUGAGAGCACCUCCUCAAUCUCCUCUGCCAACUCGCUGAGCGCCGCCACCACGCCCACCGUCAGCAAGGAGCUGUGUGUGUCUGUGUCAGAAGAUGAUGCUUAUGUAGACAAACUGCCCACCUUUGAGAGACACUUUGAUUCAUUCGCAGAGAAUGACCAGCCAUCCCUUGUUUGGUUUGACAGAGGGAAGUUUUAUUUAACCUUUGAAGGCUGCUCCCGAGGACCGAGUCCUCUCACCAUGGGGGCCCAGGACACGCUUCCUGUGGCCGCUGCGUUCACGGAGACGGUCAACGCCUUGUUUAUAGGAGCCGACCCCAGCAAGUGUGUUGUAAAGAUCAUAGGUGAGAUGGUUUUAUCGUUUCCGGCGGGAAUCACACGGCACUUUGCCAAUAACCCGUCCCCUGCCGUGCUAACCUUCAGCAUAACCAACUACAACCGACUGGAGCAUGUCCUGCCUAACCCCCAGCUGCUCUGCUGCGACACCACCACACAAGCCAAGGCCGAUGCAAAGGACUUCUGGGUGAAUAUGCCAAACCUGAUAUCUCAUCUAAAGAAGGUGGCGGAGCAGAAGCCGCAGGCGACGUACUACAACGUGGACAUGCUCAAGUAUCAGGUAGCAACGAACGGCCUGCAGUCGGCUCCUCUGAACCUGGCUGUGAGCUGGAGAUGUGAGCCCACCAGCACUGACCUGAGGAUAGACUACAAAUACAACGGGGAGGCCAUGUCGACGCCGAUGGCUCUCAACAACGUCCAGUUCCUCGUCCCAAUCGAUGGAGGCGUCUCAAAGCUACAAGCUGUCCUACCUCCUGCUGUGUGGAAUGCAGAGCAGCAAAGAAUCCUAUGGAAGAUCCCCGAUAUCUCCAAGAAAUCUGAAAACGGAGGUGUGGGGUCCUUGUUGGCACGCUUCCAGCUAACAGAGGGGCCCAGUAAACCAGCUCCACUGGCGGUGCAGUUCACCAGUGAGGGCAGCAACCUGUCAGGGUGUGACAUUGAACUGGCUGGACCAGGAUACCGCUUCUCUCUUGUGAAAAAGAGGUUUGCUGCAGGAAAAUACCUGGCUGACAACUGACCCCCACUAAGAGCAGCACUGUUCAGCAGAACGACUGUCUCGGAGCAAGGUUAGCAUCGCGACCAGAGGACCAACCCGAAACCAGACACUCCUGUAACCCUUUUUCUGAACCCACACGACGGGUCUGCAGCCUCCCCAGCAGUAUUGUAUAACUUGCAUAUAGCAUUGUGGAACUGUUUCACGUCAUGUAAUUAAAGUAUUUGUAUUCAUCCGAUGUUGCUGCAGUUAGACACCUGGGUUCUUUCCGUCUCUAAAGUCUGUGCCUCCGUCUCCAUCCUCCUCUGGUCAGUGUUUGGUGGCGUUAUCAAAAGUUUCACUGCAGCUGCCUGACAGAAGGACCUGGACAAACGAGUUUUUUUCUUUUUCAGUGAAGAACUUUCUAACACAGUCAUACAUCUCAGCCUGCACAACACCCACAUCAGCACUAAAUGGGUUUUACCAUGACGAUGAAUCACGAAUCUCGAAAAACACACACACUUUUGUUAAUGAUUGUUGUCAGUGCUUUAACGAAUCUAAUAAAGCAAAUUCAAGUAGCUACGUAAGCCUAGUUUUCCGACCAUUACAUACUGGUACUACAGGGUCUCGCGACUUUUGAUUGCAUCCUGUUUGAUGCGACGAUCAGAUCAUCCUAUCUCUCUUAACUGCACACUUAUACUGAGAAGUGUUAGGCAGCUGCAUUGAUGAGUCAGUUCACUGGUUGAAAAUAAAAAAAAUAAAAAAUAGGAAAAAAAAGACAAAAACAAAAAAACAAGCAGGUAUUCCUGUCAGAACAAAAGAAUUGUACAGUGUCAUUUUAACUGAGUAACAUGUAUCUCAAAGGGCGUUUGGUGUUUUCCUUGUAUUGUCAGAUAGCCUUUCUGUUGUUCCCAGAACAGCAGUGUUAGACACCAGAGUUACAUGACAGCAUUCUAUUUUUAUUUAUUGACGACGCUGAUUUGUCGUAUAAAACAUGGGAUUCUGUAUAUGAAUAGAAUCUGAAUGGUAUCACACAACUUGGAACCCUUAAAUGUAUAAAUAUUUGAAUUCUCUUGCA